AUGUUUAAGCUUUUGUCUUUUGCCAAUGCUCCAGCGAUUGUGCGGGCCAACCAGAAGGAUUCAUAUUUUGAGUCGAGGCUGCACAACCAGCUCUUAGACGUUGUGAAGGCCAUAAAAGGCUCUCACUUUGUCCACAAGUACCCGGAGGAGCUGCGAACCCUGGCCACGGCUCUUUAUCUGUGUCUCACAACAUUGGUGGGUUCCAAGACGCUGGGCGAGGAGUACGUGGAUCUGGUGUAUGUGAGUCGUGACGGACGCAAGAUACCGAAAUUUGCGUCCCGAUUUGGCUUUGUCGUGGCGUAUGUGCUCUUCCCCUAUGCUGUUCGCCAAUUGCUUCAAAAACUGAAAUCACAGCAAAGCCGGCUAGCACAACUGGUCUCCGGAGUCAGCUACAUGAACGUGAUGGAUCUUUUGAAUCUCCAUCUGGCGCUCUUCUACUUCACGGGCAAAUACUAUCAGUUUGCGAAAAGACUCUUUGGUCUGCGAUAUGCGUUUGGGUACCGAGUCGACAAAAAUCAGCAGGGAGCGCGAGGCAACUACGAGUUGCUGGGACUGCUGAUCAUUUUUCAGACAGUCUUCAAGAACGUGGCAAACUUGCGAAAACUGUGGGGGGCCACCGAGACCGUGCAGGACUCGGGAGAUUUAAUCUACAGGUUCAGAGACCAGACGAGCGACGUUAUAGACCUUGCAGACCCAAAGGUGCUGCCGUACCUGCCUGAGGCUUCGCGCACGUGCAUGCUGUGUCUGUCGCCGAUGAAAGACCCAUCAUGCGGCGAGUGCGGCCACGUCUUCUGCUGGAAGUGCGUGCUGGACUGGGUCAAGGAGCGCCAGGAGUGUCCGUUGUGCAGGGCCAAAAUGAGAGAGUCGCAGCUGUUGCCUCUACGAUAAGUGUCUAUGAACAAUACAUAAGGGCCACGGAUCAGUUUCUAUUAACACCCAUUCGGAACAGCACCUGCUUGCCCUUCUUGCCCUUUCUGAUCUCGAAGUCGGGCUCUUCGCGUCGUUGCUGUAAGCCCUGACCCCAUUGUCCGAUCGAGGUGUUGACCGGGUUGACCCUUGGUGGCUUGGGUUUCUGGGCACUGGGCAGUUUCGGGAACAGCUGGUCGUCCAGAGCCGGGGCUUGUGGCUUGGGCUGCGAAUUGUUGAGGUACGUCAGCCGCACGUUUGGCGAGGUGCCUCUAUUGACGACAGGCUUCAACUUCGGGGGCGGCGCUUUGCGCAGCCCCGUUGUGGGCUGGUUCUGGCCCCACGGUCCCACGGGCCGCGCCGCUGGCGCAGUGCUGAGCGCAGGGAACUGCUCGUCCAGCAGCUUUUCGCGAUUGUGGCUUUUCAGCUCUGUCUCAAGAAAUUUGUGUGGGGACGAGUUUUUCGGGAACAGCUCCUUGAGCUCUAGCAGCAGCAAACCCAGAUCUUCAGCUGAGCUCUCCACAAAAAGCUGGCGCAAGUUCGCAAGCACCGCGCGCUCGUUGCCGUUCUUGCCGAACUCGCCCACCAGCCUCUGGAACUCGUCCACCUUGGCCUGGUCAUAGUUCAAGUAAUGUCUAGCUCGCUCGUCGAGUCGCAGCUUUUUGGUCUCGUAGGUGUCCUUGGGCUCGUCCGGCUUCUUUCUCUCGAUGGUCAGCUUGCCGCCAAACGCCGGCAGCUUGCGGUCGCGGCCCAGAAUGGAGCCGUGCUCCUUGAUCUGGUGCGCCCGCAGGUCCAGCUCGUCGCGGAACACGACAAACUUCUGGUCCAGGCAGGACUGCACGUUGCAAACAUAGUGCGCGUCGCGGAAGUGCGACGCGAGAUGGUCAUAGUUGCGGAAAUACUGCGGCUUUGUAGCGUCGAUCUGGUCGCAGAUAUGGCAUUUCUCGUGCUUAUCACGCAUGUGAACAAACAGUUCG